UUUAGCAUUUAUAAAAAGAUUAAUAAUGAUAUGAUAAAAUAUGUUUUCUAUAUUGAUGAGAUUAAAAACUUGCUAACACAAUUUCCACGAAAAUCUAAUUACAAUCUAACCGAAAGAUCUUACAAAAUAUUGUUAAAACAGAUAAAGGAUAAUUCGAUAAAACAAACGCAUCAUACUUAUUGGAAAGUUACUCGCGAUUUAAUCGAAAGAUAUAGUAAUGUAAAAAAAGAUCACUUUCUAAAAUUACAAUCCUUAAAAAAUAUGUGGAAUACAUUUAUAACACAAAAUGACCGAGAACAACUUUUGGAAUGGACUGCUUUUUAUUUUGCACAGUAUAUUCAACUAAAUAAGGAUGUAUCUUAUUUGCAUAUAAAAACGUCAUUAGAUCACAUAGCAAAUGAGGUGAUGAAUUGCCUCAGAAAGAAGUAUCCCAACCAUUCGAUAUUCUCCACGUCUGAUGAAACUCUUUCCUAUUGGAAAAACAAUAAUAUCAACAAUAAUCAUUGGAACGAAGCGGAAGGAAUUCAGAUUAUGGAUACACUCAACGAAUAUAUAUUUGGCAAAUUAAACUUUCGACUAUGCAAAUUGACAGACACAAAUUUGACAAACAUGUGUAUAGAUAAUGUUUUACUACGUAAAUGUGGCCAAGAAAUAAUUUUAGUGAUUAUAUAUCACAGUGUGGCCAGGAGACUUGGUCUACGUUGCGAUAUAAUAAAUCUACAACAUUCCAUAUACCAUAUUCGCUACAACAUAUUUUGGAAACCAAACUACGUCACGGAAAGUUUAGAAAAUGCAAGAUGUUUUCACAUACGAUUCAAGAAAUUUCCGAAUAUUUUUGUCGACCAACUAUUAAUAUAUAGAUCGUAUUUAUUUUCUUGGUGGACAAACAGCCGUACCACUCCAAUAAAAGCUAUAGAGAUGCGAGACAAGAAGAUAACUUUGAUUAAGUAUUUGAGAAGUCAAUCUAUAUUAUUCCGUAAAGAAAUAAUGCCCAAGUGUUUGGUUUGAGUGUAAUAAACCUUAAGAUAUGCAUUAUAACAAAUAUUGAUACGUAUACUAGAGUAAAUAACUAAUUGAAAAUUUUAAAUACUUUUAUCUUUAA